UUGGAAGCUGCACUGAUAAAUAUUGAAGGAGUGACCCUAGGAAUGCAGGGAGAGUUAUACAUGGCAUUUGUACAUAUAGAGAGAGAAAAUAAAGGAGCAUAUGGCUGGAGCUUCUUCUGAAAGGUUUUAUUUACUCUGGUAAUAAAGAAGCUCAUUGUUGUCUAAUAACUAUAUGUACUUGGUGAUGAAGAGAGCUGCUUGCAAAACAUCAAGAAUCUAUAUAGCUUUUGUGAAUUGGAAUGAGCAGGUACAAUUUCACCCCUCAUCAUUUACCACGGUAGCACAAUAUUCAUUUAUUCUGUAUCGCAUUUUGCUUGUGAUAGAUGCUAUUUUAAUUCAAAACGAGGAAUUUUAUUUCCCUAUGGUAGUUGGAUCUUCCGACAAAAAUGGAAACAUGCUUAAAAGAAGAUUACAGCUGAAUAAUGUGACGCCUUGCAUGGGAACUCUUGUAAAACUGUUGCUUGCUAGGGGAUGAAGUUUGGUAUUCUGAUGGUUUUGAG